CCCAUGGCCGGGGGGAACCAAAGUGACCUCUCGGAAUUCCUCCUCCUGGGACUGUCUGACAGUGUAGGGCAGCAGCAGCUCCUCUUCAUGCUCUUCCUCUGCAUGUACCUGCUCGGGGUCCUGGGGAACCUGCUCAUCGUGCUGGCCAUUGGCUCCGACCGGCACCUGCACACCCCCAUGUACUUCUUCCUCAGCAACCUGUCCGCAGUCGAUGCCUGCUUCCUGUCCACCACCGUCCCUAAGAUGCUGUGCAAUAUCCAGACCCACAGUCAGUCCAUAUCCUUCUCUGGGUGCCUGGCCCAGAUGUACUUCUUCAUGCUGUUUGUGAUUCUGGACAACUUUCUCCUCACCGGGAUGGCGUAUGACCGGUUCGUGGCCAUCUGCCACCCCCUGCGCUACAGUGCCAUCAUGAACCCACGGGUCUGUGCCGUGAUAGUAGGGGUGCCCUGGAUCACCGUGAGUCUCAUUUCCCUCUUACACACCUUACUGGUGCUUCAUUUGUCCUUCUGUUCCAACAACAAGAUCUUUCACUUCUUCUGUGAAAUUAGCCAUAUCUUAAAGCUGUCCUGUUCAGAUACCCUUCCUAAUGAAAUCCUGAUCUACUUCUUCGCAGUGGUGCUUGCUGCAGUUCCCCUCACCGGGAUCCUUGUCUCUUACUCACGCAUCAUCUCCACCAUAUUGAAAAUGCCUUCUGUGGGGGAAAGGUGGAAAGCUUUCUCUACCUGUGGCUCCCACCUGUCAGUGGUGAUUCUGUUUUAUGGUACAAGCCUUGGGGUCUACUUCAGCCACGGGUUUUUCCACGGGUCCCGGAAGGGCUGGAUAGCAUCUGUGAUGUACACGGUGGUCACCCCCAUGCUGAACCCCUUCAUCUACAGCCUGAGGAACAAAGACAUGAAAGGGGCCCUGAGGAAACUCUUCAGCAGGAAAACUCUCACCUCCCAGAAGUCAGGUGUGGGCUGCCAGACCCUCGACUCUGGGAUGGGUCUGGCAGAAAGCCAGGAGACCACAAGCUCAUGUGUGCUGCCAUUCAUGGACAAAGACCCAGCAGCCUUCUAG